AUGCUUCGUCGACAAGCGCGUGAGCGCCGAGAGUAUGUCUACAAGAAAGCGCUCGAAUCUAAGCAGCGGCAGAUCUAUGAGCGGAAACAAAAGAUCCGCGAGGCUUUAGCGAGUGGCAAGCCACUGCCACCCGAGCUGCGUGGCCCUGAGGCGGAAGCACUUGCGAAGAACCUGGCUUUGGAUGCCGCUCAGGAAGAGCCAUUGACGUCUAUUGACGAUGAAUACUCACGUGCCGGCCAAUAUGAUCCCCGUAUCCUUAUAACAACGGCUCGCAGUCCCUCAUCACGUCUGUCCCAGUUUGCAAAAGAGCUGCGUCUUGUGUUUCCGAAUUCGACGCGCAUGAACCGCGGCACAUAUACCAUGCCAGAACUUGCAGCGGCCGCGCGAUCGAACGGAAUAACAGACAUGAUUGUGGUGCAUGAACAUCGUGGUGUGCCUGAUGCGAUGGUUGUCUCGCAUUUUCCGCAUGGCCCGACGGUCAUGUUUACUUUGCACAACGUGACCCUACGACAUGAAGUGGCAAGUCACGGUAACUCAACUGUGAGCGAGCAAUUCCCACAUCUGAUUUUUGAUGGAUUUGGCGGUCGUCUUGGUGAGCGAGUGAAAAGUGCGCUCCGAUUCCUCUUUCCGGUGCCGAAGGAUGAUGCACGGCGUGUAAUGACGUUUGCUAACCGGAAUGAUUUCAUCAGUUUCCGGCAUCAUGUUUUUGUCGCGACGCACCGCGACGUUCACCUAGCCGAAGUUGGUCCCCGAUUCGAUCUUCGUCCUUACGAGAUCCGACUCGGCACUCUCGAGCAAAGUGAGGCGGAUGUUGAGUGGGUCCUUCGGCCAUACAUGAAUACUACACGCAAGCGUAGUCAGCUCACGGGACCUAGCUCUGUAUAG